CUUACCCUCAAGGACGUGGUAUAUAUUAAGGGGCUCCCACGUUCACUUGGCGGAUUCUACCUAACUACCUAUACUCGUACUGCUGCUGCUUCAGCUCUACCGUCUCACUUAAUCUCGCUUCACUUUUUGGGUCCGUCGAUACACGGCUGAUUAGCUGCACGAAAAGAGCACAAAGAUGCUCAAGAUCGCUGACGCAAUCGUGCUCACACUGAACGCAGAUGCAGGAAGAAACGAUUGAAGCUCCGUCGGGCAUUCGUUCGCUUGCACACGUCCGAUGGACUUCCACUCAGCGAGACAAAGUGCAUGUGGGGCAUCGCGCAGUUCGUCGUCUCGUCGCUUCCGCAAGAGGUGCUUGACAGCAUCGAUGCAUUGCUUCUCGCACACAUACGCGUGGUACUGUCGGUGUUCUCGAUCUCCGCAAAGAGGAGUCAUGGUGUGUUCAACCGGCGCGCAGCUGACGGCAACGAGAUCGUCCUGGAAUCGGUGUAUUGUGGCGUUUUCGCCGAGAAGGGUCGGCAAGGUCACCGAGCCGUCCUGGCGGGCCGACGCAGAGUGGAAAACGGAGGACAGCACCGUGAGGACGAGCACAAGGAAAGAGAUGUUGUUCACGUGCAUAUUGGUCACGCCGAGCGGGCAGUGGCGAUGUGUUCGAGGCAACGGCGAAUGGGGACUGCUUUGACCAACCAACGAAGUGAUCACAACAUCCG